AUGGCCAACCAAAACGACUACUGGCCGACUCUGCGGUACUUGAAGGCCAAGGAGAAAUUGAAUCUUGCCACAUCCAAAGAGGUGAAGCCCAGUUCUCCAUCAGACACAACGGAGAUUCUGGAUACCGACUUUGAUACCGACUCUCAGGAUGAGAAUUCUGAAGAUUCUGCGAACCGAAGUGUCCGCUCACUUGGGAAUGACAGUGUAACCACUGCCUCAACUCCUGAUGACAUUAAAACUCCCGACUCUUCCGGACUCACUGGAUUCCAUUUCCAGAUUGACGAUAAUGCUACAAGUGGUCCCCAAGGACCGCAUCUUUUUCGUCUUUCAGAUGGGUCAUUUGAUAUCAAGUCAACGGUUGAAGUCGAUUUGAUUUUUGACGAGGCACCAAAUAGUGCCGUCACUCCUCUUUACAACUCAGCGUCCAAGCUCGGCCCUGAAAGAAGAGACACGCCGGUCCCAGCCCGCGCAAAGACGCCUAGGAAAGAUGCCACAGCCGUUCCUGCGGUUUCUGUGGUGCCGGCAGUGCCUGACAGAACGAAUUCUGAGUCUAGUCAAAAUGACGUGUCUAAUUGGACCCCAGACGAUGUUGUGAUGUGGAUGCAGAAGCUGAACAUUGAUGAGACCGUCAUUGAGAAGUUUUUCAUCAAUGACAUUUCGGGGUCUAUCCUUUUAGAACUUCAGGCCGACGAUUUAAAAGAGCUCGACAUCCAGUCUUUUGGCAAAAGACAUGAAAUUAUGAACUCAAUUCGGCAGCUACGGUAUAGUGGAGUAAUCCAGCCAACCGAUGCCCACCAAUAUAUUCCAUCAGAGCCCGUCUCAAGAGAAGCAACUCCACAAAGUGCGAUGGCUGAUGUCGGCAUCAGCUGCAAUGCAACCCCUGUCAACGAAUAUCGUGUAAAUGGACAACAGCAAACGGAAAGCGAACGCCGUCGCCAACACCGGCGACGACGUCCGAGGGUUAUUGGCCCCAAUGAUUCGGUUUCUAUAGUCGGGAUUGAACAGAUUAUGCCAAAGAUACACCGAUGCUCCAAGGGCGAGGAGUGCCGUAAGUGGCAGAAACAAUAUGCCAGGUUGUCUCGGCUUUCUCGAGAUUUGCCUAUCGAGUCUCUGUCCGGUCCAGUUGUGGUGACAGGGGACCCAGGCAACGCUGUCACCGCGAGGAAUCUGAUGAAAGAUCCCAAAACCCCGAAGUCAGACGUCACUCCUUCUCUCGUGGCAUCGUCAGAUGCUUUGGGACAAACCCAGGCUGCUGAGAUGCCCUUGUCAAAGGAAAAGCUUUAUGAUGUUCAGCCGCGUGAUCCUCAAGAGAAUGUGCGAACUUUUUUGAGCUUCCAACGUCUGAGUCAAUUACAGCCUGUAAAUGAUCCUGCAACUCCUCCCAGGGAAACAUUCCCGUCACCGGACUCUUAUUCACCUGGUACACUGGCAGACAACCUACGAACACUCCCAAAACUCCAAAUCCCCAAGAUUCAUGGCCCAUCUUUAGGAACCUCUACCAUUUCUCCAAAUCUUUCAGGGCAACGGACGAUCACACCUGGAAUGAUUCGACGAAAAUCGCAUCUUCAGCAGAGUCUUUCUGCGCACCCGGACAUUCCUAAUACCGCCAUAUUCUCGCCCUCCGACUUCUAUCGACAGGAUCCGCACUACGACCAGUCAACACCAUUCUCUGAAAUGGACGUUCCCUUGACAGCAAUUCCCAUUGGACCAGUUGAAAGAGUUUUCUCCCAAUCAGUUCCCCCUGACAUGCGAUUUGGAUACUACAACCCCCGGAUCCCGGAUCCCAUCACUCGUCCAGUAUCCACCAAGGUUGAUAAUCAUCGAAGGAAGUACUCGUUCAACAAUUCCAGUUUGGCGCGUCUUGAUGAAGGCCAGGCAAUGGAGCCAAUCGAAACACCCGAAGAUCUUGAUCGAACUCCCCGGGCUGCUCACCAUCGGGUCAAUCCAUUCAGCCCAUCAGGAGAGUACGCAAAUGAUAUCAUCCAUAGUGGCUGGGUGAAGAAACGCAAGACCACGCGCCUACUUCGUCAUGAAUGGCACGAGAACCACCUCGCUUUACGGGGAACACAACUCUCCAUGUAUCCCGAUGAAGAAGCCUCUAGACGCGAUUCCAAGGCACUAGAGCAUAUCGAUGUUGACGAUUACGCGGUUGCUUGCUCCUCACUUGCUUCCAGUUCAAAAUUGACUGCUGCAUUCAAAAAGACUGUUCUGAAGCGCAAGGACAAUACUCACGGCGAUACAGCAUUUGCUUUCUCUUUGAUUCCAUCCGCAAGCAAUGCUUCCGGCUCCGAUCGGAGAUCGAUGUUUUUUAAUGGCACUAAGGCGCACCACUUCGCCGUCAGAACUCGUGACGAACGUAUCGACUGGAUGCGCGAAUUGAUGCUAGCCAAAGCUCUCCGGAGGGGCCGUGAGAGUGGCGCCUCCCUCAAUGUCAAUGGCAAUGCCGUAUAA